UUCCAGAUUUUUGAAGAAAGUUAAAGAAGAAGACUUUAGUGAAAGGACAAGCAUAUACCUGAGACCGGUACAUUUGUAAGAAUAUCGCUGUUCUCGCAAUAACAAAUUCCUAAAAUACUUCACCUGGUUUUUGUUUUACGAUUGUAUUCCAACACUGGCGCAGUUAACAAAAUCUUUCGUCGGGAGCUAAAGGACAACGAAAACAUCUGAGUUUUGACUGGACUGAAAGUGAUGAAAUAGCUAUGUCUGUCAGCCUUGUUGUGUUAAGGCUUGAAACAGCUGAUGAGAGCCCGACGCUCAAGCACAUAGAAUAUCAAGCUCCCAAGACUGGUAAGCGACUGGCUGGACUAGAUCGUGAGGCUAGUCCCUCUGAUUGGCCAUUGCUUGUUACAGAUACUUUGCUUUCAAUCCAUAGGGGUCGCAGGGAGCCUACCAAACUUACUAUCACUACUCUGGAAGAGGAACACAUUGUCAAGGCUUUAGCAAACAGCAACAGUGAAGACGUCUCAGAAUUAAGUCUGGUUAAAGUCAACACCAUGGAUAAAGUUGCCCUUGAGGGCCGAGGAGAGAGUGGAGGUGUACUACCAAGAACUAGCAAAGAAUCAACACCAGGUGCCACUAGCAGUAAAGAAGGAACACCAGGCCCAAGCGAAGAUGGAGUAGGUGGUAGGAGAGGCAGGACAGUAAAGAGAGUGACUUUUGUGUCUGGUACUAUGGUGGAUGUUACACAUGGAAUUCUUCAUUUGUACAAAGAAAACACCAAGACAAGUUUAGAUGAAACAGAAUCUCGUUCUGAAAUGCUGUGUAUGCUUGCAGUCCCUACCUCCAUGACUAUUCAUGAUCUCCUACAGUUCACUGCUCCUUGUGUUUCCGAGAUUCAGCGCAUGAGGAUUAUUAGAGACCAGACACCAAAUCAGUAUAUGGUACUUAUAAAAUUUAGAACACAGGCUGAUGCUGACAUGUUCUACAAUACUUUUAAUGGUCAACGAUACAACUCCAUUGAGCUAGACAUUUGUCGUUUAGUGUACGUUGCCAGAGUUGAAACAACAAAGGAAUCAGAAGAUGGUGGACUUCCCAUUCCAGGACAUACAGAGCUUCCCACAUGCCCAGUAUGCUUGGAACGUAUGGAUGAAUCAGUAGAUGGCAUUUUGACCAUACUGUGUAACCAUUCAUUUCAUGGUGAAUGUUUGGCCAAGUGGGGAGACACAAGUUGUCCAGUUUGUCGGUAUUGUCAGACACCGGAAGAAACUCCUGAUCAACGUUGUUCUUUGUGUGGAUCAGCCGAUUCUUUAUGGAUAUGUCUCAUUUGUGGACAUGUGGGCUGUGGAAGAUAUGUUGGUGGUCAUGCACACAGACAUUUUAUGGAAACCAAUCACUUAUUUUCACUGCAAGUUGGUAACAACAGAGUCUGGGAUUAUGUCAGAGACAAUUAUGUCCAUCGCUUACUGCAAAGUGAGGGUGAUGGGAAGGUUGUAUCAUAUGAGCGUUCAUCUCCAGUACCUGACACAAAAGAAGAGGUGAUGCAAGGGGAAGAGAAACUCACAGCCUUACAGCUUGAAUAUACACAUCUGUUAUCAUCUCAGCUUGAAUCUCAGAGGCAAUUUUUUGAAAAUAAAAUUAGUGAAGCACAGGCUGAGGCACUACAGGAAGCUGAAGUUUCACGUGAAGCUGCUCGACAGCUGUCUGAGGAAAUCCAGGCUAUGAAACAUGAGAUGACAAAUAUCACCAAAGAAAAGCAAGCACAGGAUAAAAAAAUUCAACAACUUAGUCAAAAAAUCACAAAGUUAACCAAAGACUUGGAGACAGAACAGCACUUAAAUCUUUCAUUGCGAGAAGGCAAACAAGAAUGGGUGGCCAAAGUAGUGAAACUGGAAACAACGUUGGAUACUAAAAAUCAGAAAAUAGUAGAACUGGAGUCACAAGUUGGAGAUGUUAUGGCCCACCUUGAAGCUCUGUCAACAGUUAACAGUAACCCAGAACUUCAAGGGGGAAAUGUGUAUAUUCCUCCCAACACAAAACCUCAAGGAGCAAGGCGAAAAAAUCGCAAGUAAAUCCAAAGUGGGUUUAUUUUGUAAAAAUUGUAUUUAUGUUAUUCAAUUUAUGAGUGUCUAUUGUGUGAUGAUCCAAAUCUCAAAAUACAUAUUGCACAUCAGAUGGGAACAUAAAGAAAUCAAGUGCAGUAGUGUGUGUUUCUUGUUACAAGAAAAAAUCAAAAUGUAAUUAUGCAAUGACUUUUAAGUUUAUUUUUCAUACUUAGGUAGCCAGUAUUUUUCAGAUUGUAACAAAUUUUCUAGCAACAUGCAUCUAAGAUAUUUUUUAAAUCUGAUUUUUCCCAAUCCAGUAUUAGUGUUGUGAUUAAGCAGUAUUUCAUGAUAUGGCUUAUAAGUAGCCUUUACGUUUAUUUUUUAAAUUAUACUGGUAUUAAUUUUUGGAAAAUUCAGUACUAAUAAAGUGAUCUUACUUUUGGAUCUCACUAGAAAAUAGUGUGUUAUGUUUAUGUUUGGACUAACAGGAUAAAAAUUUAAUAUUACUUUUUGUUUUUGUUUGUUUUUUUUGUUUUUGUUUGUAAGCACGGUUCUGAAAUGAUGCAAAGAAGGGAAAAAAGCUGUUUAGUUUAUUAUUUCAUGAAGCAAAUCUUAAGUUAGUUUUAUUUAGACUGCCAAAGUUAGUUUUAUUUAGACUCCCUUCUAUUUUAAGAUUAAAAGAAACUGCUAAAUUUUUGUACUAACUGGAGUUGCUAUUUCUCAUUUGAUCAUGUUACUAAAGUCACGUGGUUCUGAAAAGGGCUUAGUGUCAUAUCCCAGCCUGCCUUAACUUUUGUCCAUAAACUGUUUUCACAUUGCUGCUGUACCUGAAUGGAAUAUACACUGUUGUUGGCAGAAGUUGAGUUUUGUUCCAAGAACAAGUCGAAUUUUAACUGGAAACAAGAUUGAAAACCAUCUUUGAACUUACAAUAUGUGUGUAACAUACGUACAUAACCUAUUUUGUCAUGGUACUUUAUUGUACUACACUAUAUACAGUAUAUUAUAAAGUGAUGUGAAUAAAGAUUUUAACGGAA